AUGGUGAUCCAACAGGUGGGCAGCAGAACACGGCUGCCAGCCAACCUGCUAGAAAGGAGAAGAGAUAGCCACUGUGAAGACAAAAAGCAGUCGCUGUUGGCAUUGCUGGCGUUGGUGCUGUACUUGGGCACAUGGAUAUCAGGAAGAAGCUGGGAAGUGUCAGAAAGGAUCAGUGAAUGUCACUACUCUCAGAAUGCUGUGGCUACCCAGGGGCUUACAUACCAGGCAAAUGACAGCUCAGAAGUGCCAGCCAAGAUCGUCAAGCACUGGUUGAAGGAUAGCUUGCAUACUCUCUUAGAGAAGCUGGAGGAAGAGCUGCGUGAGCUGGAGCAGCGAGUCCGGGACCUGGAGGGGUGGCUGGAUGUGCUGCUGGGCGAGGCUUACCUGGAGGAGUCCUGCUCCGCCCUCAAUAGGCGCUUCUGA